AUGGCGCGCCAGAAACAGAAAACGCCCAUCCAGCGGGCUACAUCGUCUGAACUGAUGCAUACGCUCCCUGACGACGCAUCACAGACUCGAAACCAGAAUGGCGGCGCGAAGGAACUUGCUGCUGCGACACAGAGCGUGACUGCGGACAGCAAAGCGCAUGAAGCUGCAGAUACUCCUGGUUUGAUGCAGCUCGCUAUUUGUGUAUUGGGAAUCUACGCUUCGUUUUUGUCCUGGGGCGUUCUACAAGAGUCUAUAACCACUGUUUCGUAUCCCAUCCGACCUCCCUCUGCAGCGGAUCCAGAGCCACCAAUAGAGCGAUUCACCUUUUCAAUUGUUUUGAACACCAUCCAGUCCACCUUUGCUGCGAUCACAGGCUUUCUAUACCUCUACUUCUCCACUCCCGCAGGCGCAAAGGUCCCGUCCAUUUUCCCGACGCGAAAGAUUGUCUUUCCUCUCGUCCUUGUUAGCAUUUCGUCUUCCCUCGCCUCGCCAUUCGGGUAUGCGAGUCUUGCGCACAUCGACUAUCUCACCUUUAUUCUCGCCAAAUCAUGCAAAUUGCUUCCGGUCAUGUUCCUGCAUCUGACCAUUUUCCGGAAGCGAUUCCCCUUGUACAAAUACGGAGUGGUCCUGCUGGUUACACUUGGCGUUGCGACAUUCACCCUUCACCACCCGGGAACAAGCAAAAAGGUUGCUGCUUCGGCAGCAAAGGGCCAAUCAGGCUCGUCUGCAUGGGGGAUCUUCCUUCUAUCCAUCAAUCUGCUCCUAGACGGGCUGACAAACACUACGCAAGAUCACGUCUUUAGCUCUCCUCAGAUUUACACCCGCUUCACCGGCCCGCAGAUGAUGGUAGCUCAGAAUGUUCUCUCCACUCUUUUGACCUCGGCGUACCUUUUGGUGAUGCCUCAUCUCUCUUCGACUGGCAUUAUUCAUGCUAUUCUGCCGAUUCCUAUUCCCCCAUCUACGGAGACAGAGCUGGCGACUGCCGUGUCUUUCCUAUCCAGGCAUCCCGAAGUCCUCAAGAACGUGCUUGGCUUCGCAGCUUGCGGUGCCAUUGGGCAGCUCUUCAUCUUCUACACCCUUUCCCGCUUCUCAUCUUUACUGCUGGUGACGGUAACAGUCACCCGCAAAAUGCUCACUAUGCUUCUGAGCGUCUUUUGGUUUGGCCACUCGCUCUCUGCAGGCCAGUGGCUUGGGAUUGGUCUUGUCUUUGGUGGUAUCGGCGCUGAAGCUGCCGUGCAAAGGCAAGAGAAGAAAGCCAAAGCCUUGGCUAAGAAGAAGGAGUAG